AAUCGCCGAGGGUGCAUACCAUGUGUUGUGUUCCCAUUCCAUUUCCCAUCACCUCUGCAAAUUACCCAUCUUUUGCAUCCGAAAUAGCAAGGAUUGAUCACAGCCAGAACCCAAAAAUUGCAUAUUUUUCCAUUUUGUGUGGCCGUUUUACAUCUUUCUUUCUUUUUUAUCGCAUCCUCGAGUUGCCAUUUCUUGAUAGCCGCCCUGGCUGGCGGCCAUUUGUCGCCAGCUUCAUUGUCAUAUCCGAUUCAUCCCAUGCAUUUCUGUAGUUGCACAAUUCAUUCUUCAAUUCCUGGGUAAGAAAAAGACAAGGGAAACACACAGAAAAAAAAGAGCCUCCAGUUUGGACUGUUUCUGAAUUUGAAGACUGCAAAAACUGGUUGAGGGAGGGAGCUUGCGAAGCUUCCGAUUUUACAAGAACUUGCGUUUGAACUGGUGGAAUUGGAAUUGACUGGGAUGGAUGCUCCGGGUCACACGGUAUUCCAUUCCCGGCCUUUUUUCCACAGCGUCCUUGUCUGUACUCCUACCUUUGCAUGCACCCCCCGUGCUUUUACAGAUAUACGCUUCCCUUCCUUCCAGUCUGGAUUCUCUGGAAGCGGAGGGGACAGGCAGACAGUGGAAAAUGUCCAAAUUUGAAUAGUUGCCACGUACUGCUGCUACAGCAUAUUUGGAUUGGAGGGAUAAAAAGAUUAAAAUGCGUAGGAAGUAAAAAGACAGGAAGAUUCCUUGCAUUAUUUCCAAGCAGUGUGAUCGGAUCAACGCAAAUGGUGAAGUGGGGGAAAAUAAAAUACAAGUAUAAAAACGGGGUACCAGGAAUAGUAGAAUUCCUCGGGGUUUUCACCCGAGGACUUGGCAAUAAUUAGCUGCUUUACCGAGGGGCGAAGGCGCUUCGAUUCGAAGCCGCCGGCCAGGUGGCAGCGCAAUGACGCGUCCGGGCCAAUGACCUGCCUCCACGUCAGCGCAUCUCUUUUGACAAAUUCCUUGUGCUGGCCGCUUUGACUUUUACACCGGUACACCAGCACCACCACCUUGGUGGUGAAUCAAUCAAACGCUCUGAUUUUUCUACUACCUGUUUUUUUACACGUAAAUAUUUAAUUUUUUUAUUAAAAUACGAUUCAUCGCCUGCAUGGACUACGUACUUUCUACUACUCCAUCUGGUCGCCUAUGCUUGCUUCAGAAUAAAGAAAGCCCGAGAAAAUCGACCCGCCCCGCGGGCCGUCACAUGCGCUGCUCACAUGGUGCGUGGGCCCCGCGCCCGGCCCGCAUCAUCAUGCACCGCAUACAUAUGGGGCCAUGGAGCCCGCCCAGCCGUAACUUUGAAAAAAAAUCUCUGUCUGUCUUCUCUUUCCUCAUUUGUUUGCUUACAGCUCAUCCAUAACGCAAAGCCAAGAUCACAUUUUGAUUAGUGAGGAGGGGUAGAUUAGAUUAGCAGUAGCAGGGUGUGUCAUCAUCAUCCUCCAUCCAUACCAUCCAUUCCGCAACGCGUCUUCGUUUUUCUGAAAAAAAGGGAGGGGGAGGGAUUUGUGUUGCCGUGUUGGGCAACGUCUCCGCCAAAGAUACAAAUUCAUCCAUAGCCAUAUAUGCAGGCGUAUAUUUGGAAUCAAUAAAUAUUUAGUUGGCGAUUGAUCGGAGACAGAUGGCGAGCGCCGGAUUCGUGGAGGAGAUGAUGAGGGAGCAGAGCCUCCUGGAGGCGACCUGCGGCGACCUCUUCGACCACAUCGAGGACCUGCUCGACUUCCCCAAGGAGGAGUCCGCCGCCGACGUGCUCCUCCUGGACGCGCCGGCGCCGGGGAGUCCGCUCUCGGCGCGCAUCAUCGACGUCGGCGGCAAUGCGCCGGCCGCGCCCGCGCUGGAGCCGCUGAUGGCGCUGCCCCCGCCCGCGGCGCAGGAGGACGCCGCCGCCUUCUUCGCCGCCGCGGGGGCGCCAGUCUUCGACGCCAAGGACGUUGGCGGCCAUAUUGGCUCGUGCGAGGACCUGGACAUGGACAUGGCGCAGCUGGAGUGGCUGUCGGGGCUCUUCGACGACGCCUCCAUCCCGCACGAGCCGGCGUUCCCGGGGGCCACCUGCGCGGCCCCCAUCAAGAGCUCCGCGCUGGCGGCCAACGCCGGCGUCGCGCUGCUGCCGCCGGACAAGAUGGAGGACGCGCUCUUCCGUAGCUCCAGCCCCAUCUCGGUGCUGGAGCACAACGGCUUCAACGCCAACAACAACGUCGGCUCCGCCUCCUCCUCCUCCUCCUCGGCCUCGGCCUCGUCCUCGUCCGAGUCCUUCUCCGGGAGCGGCGGCGGGUACGCCUGGUCGGCGCCCGUGUCGCCGCGCCCGGAGCCGCCGGUGCUCGUCAUACCGGCGCGCGCGCGGAGCAAGCGCUCCCGCCCGUCCGCGUUCCCGCGCGCCGCGGAGGCGCCCACCAUCCUCGUGCCGACGCCCAUGUACUCGUCCACCUCCUCGCACUCGGACCCCGAGAGCAUUGCCGAGUCCAGCCCACACCAGGCUUUUCCCAAGAAGAAGAAGAAGGCCAAGAAGCCGGCGCCCCCCGCGCCGACAGCCUCCGACGCGAACGGUGACAACGACGGCGACGCCGACUACGAGGAAGGCGGCGAGCGCUCGCAGCCUCAGGGCGCCGUCAGGAGGUGCACGCAUUGCCAGAUCGAGAAGACACCGCAGUGGCGCGCGGGUCCCCUGGGCCCCAAGACGCUCUGCAACGCCUGCGGCGUGCGCUACAAGUCCGGGCGCCUCUUCCCGGAGUACCGCCCCGCGGCGAGCCCCACCUUCGUGCCGACCAUCCACUCCAACUCCCACAAGAAGGUGGUGGAGAUGCGCCAGAAGGCCGUCCGGAGCGGCGACCCGUCGUGCGACCUCCUGCAGUUCAUCCGCCGCCGGGAUUAAAUCGACGGUCGGUCCGUCGGUCUCGUCCCCCUUAGCUAAGCUAUAUAUGUAUACAUGUUAGUAUGUAUGCAUGCAUAUGGUUGCUUCAUCAGUCGUCAGUCGUCGUCGUCGUCUUCAUCGUGGUCAUCAUCAUCAUCACCGCCAUGGAUCCACCCAUCUUCACCUGCAUGUGUUUCUGUCAGCAUCCAUCAAAUCCAUCGCCGGGCAUCCUGGCGUUAGUUCAUUAGGGCUUUUUUCAUCGGGGGUUAGUGUUAUUUUAUCUUUACUUUUUGUCUAUUGGUUAAUUGGUUCCCCUGAAUGUUUUUUUGUUUGUAUAGAGAGAGAAAGAGAGAGAGGAGGGUGGGAGAGGAGGGCAGGAGAAAUAGAUGAAUCGGAGUGGUUGUUGCAUUGCAAUUGCAGUUGCUUGCAAGUUAGGUAGGUGAGAAGGAGAGCUAAACCAGCAGCAGAGGGAGACAGAUUUAGAGAGGAAACUUUGCAGCUAGUCAGUCAGUCAAUUAGAAGAAAAGUGUUUCAGCAAGCAAAAGGGGAGUUUGUUGGUUUGCUAAUUAGAAGGAAGAUUCUGUCAGAUCAGGUUGUAGCUAUCACCCAUCAGGAUUUGAAACUUGAAGAGAGGGGGACAGCCAUCAUCCAUCAUAGUCUGUAUUUGGAGCUUGGUGUACUGAACUCUGAAAAUUCUUUUUGCAGUCCAUCUAUGUUUAGGGAUUGAUAAGUGUUGUUUGGUUUCUUCUAUACUAGUAGUGCUACAUUUUAGUGAAUAAUUAUAUGAGAAUCUCUUUCGUUUCCUC